CCGGACCACAAUAGAUGAUGGACAAUUCAAAAGUUCUGAGUUCGUAGCUCAGACGUGAAAACGUCAGCGUCCAGUUUAAAGUGUUACAGUUAUGGCCCAGCCUGGUGCAAAUAAGGACAUUAGAGCUGGCUGUAAAAGAUGUGGAUAUCCGGGACAUCUGACAUUUGAGUGCCGCAACUUCCUGCGUGUGGAUCCGGGGAAGGAUAUUGUGUUGGACGUGAGCAGCACCAGCACAGAGGAGAGUGAGGUUGAGGAGCAGACCGCGCAACGCAGGGAGAAGCCCAGCAGACCCUCUCGCUCUCGAGGUUCAGAUGAUGAAAGGAAACGCCAUAAAAAGAAGAGCAGAGAGAGGUCCCACAAAAAGGCAAAGAAGAGGUCAUAUUCAUCAAGUGAGGAAGAUGAGGAAGAGGAGGGGCAAAAGCAUAAGCACAAGAAAAGCAAAAGCCACAAGAAGAAAGACAAAAAGAAACACGAGAAGGAGAAGCGACACAAGAAAAAACACAAGUCAAAGGAAGAGUCCUCAUCUGAUAGUUCUACAUCUUCCUCGGGCACUGAUUGACAGACUCAGACACUGUAUUUGUAUGUAUGUACAUGUGUGUACCAAAUACACACACUCCCCGACCCCAACAUACAACUCCAACCUUGAUUUGUGAUUUGGAUCCUUUUUUUUUAGACCAGAGAUCAAGUCUGUAACACCUCAAAACAGGCAGACAACAUCCACAGUGUAAAUUCCACUGACUUUUUCCAUCAUGAUUGACAAAGACAAAGGUGACAAGAUUUGUUGUAAACCCCCACUCUCAUAUUCUUUUUUUCUGUGAAAACUUGUGUGGGUGUGUAUUUCCAUGUUUUGUAUCAAGAGGUAAAUAAAAAUUUGCUCGUA